AUGUCUCAUCCAGGGGGAUGUUUCUGCAGCAAGAUUCGCAUGAGCUACUCUGGCGAGCCUAAUGCCCAUGUCCUGUGCCACUGUUUAGAUUGCAGAAAGAUCUCUGGCUCAACCUAUAGCAACAAUCUUGUCGUUCCUGAGGACAACUUCAAGGUCGUCUCUGGCACUCCAAAGACCAUCUCCAAGGUCGCGGAUAGCGGCAAGACUAUCACCUCUCACUUUUGUGGAGAUUGUGGUACCACGCUGUUCCGUACUGGAGAUACUUUCCCAAAUGCUGUCAUCAUCAAAUCUGGCAUAUUGGAUGACCCAGAGUGGCCGAACAAGAAUGUUCCGAAGGGGGAGUUGUUCGCCCCCAAGAGAGUAGAGUGGGUUUCUGCUAUCGAUGGCGCCGCUCAGAUGCCUGCCAUGCCAUAA